CCCCACCUUGUUUCGGUCACAUGACGUGAGCUUACGAAGAUGGUGGAAGUUUCUUCUUCCUUGAAGUGAAAGCCCCGACUGAAACCCAAACAUCCCGCUGACCGAGGGCUGGGAGUUCACUGCACCUUUACCAGUUUAACAUCGUCCCUUGGGAUCCGGGCCUUCAUCCCAGCCCUAUGUCAUGGCCAGUGGAGUCACCAGGUCGGGUACCUCCAAUGGCUACCCUAUGAAGGCACAACUGCAAAUCAUUGUGCUCUCAGCAAAACUGAAAGAGAACAAGAAAAACUGGUUUGGUCCCAGUCCUUAUGUGGAAGUGACAGUCGAAGGCCAGUCCAAGAAAACAGAGAAAUGCAACAACACCCACAGCCCCAAGUGGAAGCAGCCGCUCACUGUGAUCGUGACUCCAUUCAGCAAACUCUCGUUUCGCGUGUGGAGCCACCAGACCCUAAAGUCGGACGUGUUGCUGGGCAUGGCCACGCUGGACAUCAGUGACACGCUCAAGGCUAAUGACAUGAAAAUCUCUGAGGUGGUGCAGACCUUACAGCUGUGUGCAGACAGAGAUCAGUCAGAUGUGGUGGGAGAUCUGUCUGUCUGCCUGGACGGCAUGACCGUUGACCCUGAGAUGUUUGCCAUGGCCAAGGCUGACCAUCACAGUACAUCAAAUGGGGAAUCACAGCCUAAUGGAGAUCAUGCCAUGCCAAAGCACAGUCGAGACAGCUCUCCAGCUGUGGAUGGUGUGGAUCAUAAGUCUUCUCCCAGUGGCUUGAGGUCGGUGAACAGCACUGGGUCUCCCAUAGUGUCAUUAGGGGUCUCGAAGCCUCUCCGACCACCUAGGCCCUCCAGACCUCCUCCUCCAACCCCCCGCAGACCCACCUCUUCACCAGCAUCUUCCAGCAACGGCUCUGCACCAGCUGAUGGCAGUGAUGGGCAGUCAGGUUCUGAUACACCUGUACGAACACCGGCCUCAGGACCCUCAUCAACCCCAGACUCAAGUCCGUCAGCAGGCUCAGACAGAAACUCCACACCGGCCUCCAGCUCUGGAGCUACAGCAACCAGACAGCCAACCAUCACCCCUGUGGUCACUCCCAGGGUCCCUGCUGUCAACGCUGGGCCGUUACCCCCUGGGUGGGAACAGAGAGUGGAUCAGAACGGCAGGGUCUAUUUUGUCGACCAUGUGGAAAAGAGGACAACAUGGGAACGCCCUGAACCAUUGCCUCCUGGCUGGGAGCGCCGUGUUGACCAGAUGGGGCGUGUCUACUUUGUUGACCACAUCACACGAACCACCACGUGGCAGCGCCCCACAAUGGAGACGGUGCGUAACUACGAGCAGUGGCAACACCAGCGAAGCCAGCUGCAGGGCGCCAUGCAGCAGUUCAACCAGAGGUUCAUAUUCGGGCUACAAGACCAGGUCUCAGCCACUCAGAAUAAGGAGUUUGAUCCUCUCGGGCCUCUGCCACAUGGAUGGGAGAAGAGAACGGACACCAAUGGCAGAGUUUAUUUUGUACACCACCCUACACGGUCAACACAGUGGGAGGACCCGCGAACACAGGGGUUGCUCAAUGAGAAGCCACUUCCAGAGGGCUGGGAGAUGAGGUUCACAGUUGAUGGUAUUCCCUACUUUGUAGACCACAACAGGAGAACCACCACUUACAUCGACCCUCGCACUGGAAAGUCCUCACUGGAAAACGGACCUCAGAUCACCUAUGUCCGAGACUUCAAAGCCAAAGUACAGUACUUCAGAUUCUGGUGCCAGCAACUGUCACUGCCUCAACACAUCAAGAUCACUGUAUCCAGAAAAACCCUGUUUGAGGACUCCUUCCAACAGAUAAUGAGCUUUAAUGCUCAAGAUUUGCGAAGGAGACUAUGGAUCAUCUUCCCUGGAGAGGAGGGCCUCGAUUAUGGAGGGGUUGCCAGGGAGUGGUUCUUCCUUUUGUCCCAUGAGGUCUUGAACCCCAUGUACUGCCUGUUUGAAUAUGCCGGUAAAGAUAACUACUGUCUCCAGAUCAACCCUGCCUCCUACAUCAACCCUGACCAUCUCAAGUAUUUCAAGUUCAUAGGACGCUUCAUCGCCAUGGCUCUUUUCCAUGGCAAGUUCAUCGACACUGGUUUCUCACUGCCAUUUUACAAGCGCAUCCUUAACAAGCCCUUGGCCCUCAAAGAUCUGGAGUCAAUAGACCCUGAGUUUUACAACUCCCUCAUUUGGAUCAAGGAUAAUGACAUUGAGGAGUGCGGGCUGGAGAUGUUCUUCUCUGUUGACAAAGAGAUCCUUGGGGAAAUCACCACCCAUGAGCUGAAACCAGGAGGAGGAGACAUCCAAGUCACUGAGGAGAACAAGGAGGAGUACAUCAGGCUGGUAGCAGAGUGGAGGCUGUCCAGAGGAGUAGAAGAGCAGACACAGGCUUUCUUUGAAGGCUUCAAUGAGGUCCUCCCUCAGCAGUACCUGCAGUACUUUGAUGCCAAAGAGCUGGAGGUAAUGCUGUGUGGUAUGCAGGAGAUUGACCUUGCAGAUUGGCAAAGGAACACUAUCUACAGACAUUAUGCUCGCAGCAGCAAACAGAUCAUCUGGUUCUGGCAGUUCAUAAAGGAGAUGGAUAAUGAGAAGAGGAUGAGGCUGCUGCAGUUUGUCACUGGCACCUGUCGCCUGCCUGUAGGAGGCUUUGCUGACCUUAUGGGAAGCAAUGGUCCUCAGAAGUUCUGUAUUGAGAAGGUGGGAAAAGAAAACUGGCUUCCCAGAAGUCACACAUGCUUUAACAGACUGGACUUGCCGCCCUACAAGAGCUACGAGCAGCUAAAGGAGAAGCUGAUGUUCGCCAUCGAGGAGACAGAGGGCUUCGGACAGGAGUGAGAGAAACCAGGAGAGGUUGAGUAAUGGGUGCAGGAGUCUGAAGGAACGAAGACCACCAGUGUUCAAAUCAGGGAGCCUCUUCAGAAUAGGGGGGGUAUUUUGUGCGUUAGUAUCCAUGCAUGUUUGCACCUGUAUGGUACUUCUAUGGGUGCAUGUGCGAGACUAUAUGUCAUUGCAAAGGAGCAGGGAUUUGGGAACUGGCGUCUACUGUGCACGCCGUGCUCUCAGCAGGCCUCUCAAUGCCUGACUGGUACGUGAAUAAUUUUGUAUUCUUUUAAACCAAAACACAGAAGCUGAUCCUGUCUCAGAAUGUGCACCAAAUUAUGCAUGGGGUCCUGAAAACUCACCCUCAAUGACAUCUGUUUAAUAAGACUGCAGUAGUUUUUCUUCCCCACAUGUGAUCAUGUAACGGCAUGCAUCAGGGUGACCUUGGAGCUACAGUCAAAAUCUCAUAAUCAGAAAGGUCACAGAUUUCUUCUCAUUAAGUUGCAGAGGGUGCACUUAUUUUAAAACAGGGUUAUGUUUCACCAAAAAGUAAACUUUGUUGCUCUAAGAUUGUUUUUUUUUUUGUUUGUUUUUUUUUUUGCAUAAGAAAAGAGUUUGGCCCACUUUGAGCAUCAACCCCAUCAUUCUGAUUUCCCAUCAUGCCCUUAAAUCCCUCACAUUUUUAUCUGCAUCUCUCAUGACUAAAGUAGAUCUUUUUGAACAGUAACACAUGAUUUUAAUAGAUGAUAACUCUGACUCUGUGAACUUCUAAAAAGUAGUGCUCCAAAUUAACGCUUAAAUAACAGACAAUCUUAGUGCUUCAGAGAUUUGGGAGACAUGUCUAAUCUAAUUAACAAGAGAGAAACAGUUUUGUGUUCCUGCUUCUGUUAUAGUAUUUGAUCUGUGAAUGACUUAAUGAUUGUGAAAAGUGUUGUAACCUCCAUAAUUUAUAGUGGUGGAAAAUGCAAAAGACUUCAGUAGAAGUUAAACUGACCCUAGUUUUAUAGGGUCAGAGACUAUACUGGAUGGGACAUCAUAGUUUUUAGAGUAUUCUGAGAAUCUUGUAGUUUUUUCAUCUUAAUAUCAGCUCCAGACAUUUUACACCUUCCUUCUGUUGAUUUGUGGAGCAGUCCCGUCGAAGACACGAUCCCGAGGAAAUCUGAUGAGGAUGAAGAAAGUAUUUUAAGAUGGUGUGUAUUCACCAAAAUCAAGUCAAACCAAAUCAAAUUUGACAUUUUGAAAUCCUGUGAGAAACUUUGUGUAGCUCUUCAUACACAUGUAGCACCUGAAUGUUAGUGAUAGAGCUGCUAUCUUAUCUGAACCCCCGUAGAAAACCACAAAACAAGUAGGAAAAAUUUAUAAAAUUUGUGGUGCGGUUGGUGGUAUUUAAAACUUUUGUCUUCCAUUUUUGACUUGAAGGAACAUUUUACCUCUGAGUAUUUUCACCUCCUAACAGUCAGAAUUCCUCUCAUGUCAUUUCCAAGAUACUGCUACAGAGAAACAAUUCAUGUGAUUAUGCUUUCAUUUGUGAAGAUGUGUUAUUUUAGGUAAAGAUACUUACUAUGACUUUUGGAUCCCAAGAAGAGCUGAUUUUUGCUCUUUGAUAUACAGAUGUGCAAGUGCUCAAAGACAACUCCAACUGCUUUACCAAUGUAGAAUCCAGCAUUAGGUGUGUACAGAAAUAGUCCUCAUCAUAUAACUGCAAAUUGUUGUUUGGUUUGGUUUGGCUGACGUUACACAGCAUCUAUUCAACAGUAACAGAUGAUUUAUCUCAUUUAUCUAUCUGAAAUAAAAAGACCAGGUAGUGUGGUUUCUCAUUUUGGAGUGUCCUUUUGAAUUAUUUAUUAAACUCACCAAAAAGACAGAUUUGGUUACUGAUGAACUUUGGAUUCAGGUGUUGUUUGUCUGACGAAGCACCGCACUUUUAAAAAAACGUCCCUCCACUUUUUCUGACAGCAUGUGGGACCUCCAGUCUCGGUUAGUAACACCAGGCUUUUUGAUUUCACAUGCUUGUCGAGGUGGUCUUUGGUGUUUGUCAUUAGCCUUCAGGUAGCCUUAUUUCCUCCCUCAGGCAUCUGGUAUCCUUUUUAGCAGCUUGAUGUCAGCAGAGAUGAUCGAUCAUGCAGGCUUUAUAGUUAAUGGAAUUCUCUGGAUGCUGGCUCUGCUUAGUCCUCCUGCUGUGGAGAAGUAACUAGACCAAGAGGAGUUUGAAGUUUUGAAAUUCUUAUGAAGAAACUGCACCAAUGAGGAAAAAGCUGUGAGACCUGAACUGAUGGCUAAGCGUGACUUCAGCUGGAAUAACAAAUACUGAGACAAAGUCAGUGUAAUAUAACAAAUGUAACAUGAAUAGUUGAUUGGUUAAGUUGCCUAUUUACAUUUUUGCCUCAGAUUGUUACUUCUAAUGCAGAGUGUUGUUUUAAUCUUGUUCUGGGUCGAUCACAUAAUAAAAUCCCGGGGAUAUAGUAACUAAGCAAAUAUGUAAAUAUCAAAUUCAUUUUGUUUGUCCAUUUGUUUUCCAGAAUCCUCCAUGUACAACUAAACCACUGUCACUCUCCUGUAUAUGAAAACAAGUUGUAAAUGGUGUCAAUAACAAAUUUUCUUUUGUAAAAGAAUGGUUUUAAUAAGAGGUUUAUGGUAACACUAUAUUUUCUUUUCUGUGUUUAAUUUCUGAUGUACAUGAAAGAUGUGUAAUAUAGAAAUUGUCACCUUAAUAAAUUAAAUCAGAAAUGUG